AUGGCGUCGAUGCUAGAAUUUCGCACGCCGGGCUUCAACCCGUAUGCGGUCAAGUACUCUCCAUACGACGACUCGCGACUCGCAGUUGCUGCAUCCGCAAAUUAUGGCAUUGUCGGUAACGGGCGCGUCUUUGCGCUACGCCUAGGCCCCACGGGCAUCCGGCUCGAGAAGGCAUUCGAGACCAACGACGCCCUCUACGAUCUGGCCUGGUCCGAAAUCAACGAGAAUCAGCUCGUGGUCGCGUGCGGCGAUGGCUCAAUUAAACUCUUCGACCUCGCGGCCGGAGAUUUUCCUCUCAUGAAUUUCGCUGAGCACAAGCGCGAGGCCUUCUCCGUUUGCUGGAACCCAAUUGCAAAAGACCUCUUCAUUUCGAGCUCCUGGGAUGGCACCAUCAAAGUUUGGUCUCCCUCGCGCCCGACAUCGAUCAAGACCCUGCCUGUCGGCAGCUGCACGUAUUCGGCCUGCUUCUCGCCGACCAAUCCGGGGAUCAUUUCCAGCGUGUCGUCCGAUUCGCACAUUCGCAUCUUCGACCUGCGCACUCCGGUCACGGCCAAGUACCAUCUCACCAGCACCAUUCCCGUCCACGCCCCCCCGCAAGGUCACGGCCUCUCCAACGGGCUGACCGCUCUCAAGGGCUCGGCGCCGGCCGAGAUCCUGACCCACGACUGGAACAAAUAUCGGGACACGGUUAUUGCGACGGGCGGCGUCGACCGCGUCGUGCGCACCUUCGACAUCCGCAACCCGGCCGGCGGCCCCCUCUCCGCGCUUCUCGGCCACGGAUAUGCGGUGCGAAGACUGGCGUGGAGCCCGCACGCGAGCGACGUGCUCGCAACCGCGAGCUACGACAUGACGGUGCGCGUGUGGUCGGACGGGUCGAUGGCCGUGGCUGCACCGCCGGCGAGCGGUACUGGCCAGGCUCCUAUCCCCGGCGUGGGCACGCAACUGGGUGUCAUGAACCGGCACUCCGAGUUUGCGACGGGCGUAGACUGGUGCCUGUUCGGCACGGGCGGAUGGCUCGCGUCGGCCGGGUGGGACCAGCGCGUGCUGGUGUGGGAUGCCCAUACCCUGCUGCGCGGGUGA